AUGGCCGAUAGUAAUGCAGCACAACAAGCGGUGACGGCACGCAAACGGCCACUACGACACGCAUGGUGGCGCGAAAGCAGCGUCUACCAAAUUUACCCUGCGUCAUUCAAAUCAGCCAAGAGCAUCGACGACGGCACGGGACGGAUCCACGGCGACUUGCGUGGGGUGAUCGAGAAGCUAGACUACCUGGCCACAUUGGGGGUAGACAUUGUCUGGCUCAGCCCGAUCCUGCAAUCGCCCCAGGUGGACAUGGGCUACGACAUUUCCGACUACCGGGCCAUCUACCCUGGCUACGGGACGAUGGAGGACCACGACGAGCUGAUCCGGGGCCUGCACGAGCGCGGGAUGAAAUACGUGAUGGACCUGGUGGUGAACCACACAUCCGACCAACACGAAUGGUUCAAACAAUCCCGCUCGUCCAAAGACAACCCCUACCGCGACUGGUACAUCUGGCGGCCACCGCGAUACGACCCAAAAACAGGCGAACGCAUGCCUCCCAACAACUGGGAAUCCAACUUCUUCGGGCCUGCAUGGACAUACGACGAAGCCACGGGCGAAUACUACCUUCACUUGUUUGCAUCCGGCCAACCAGACCUGAACUGGGAGAACCCAGACGUCGUGAAAGCCGUUCACGACAUCAUGCGGUUCUGGCUUGACAAAGGAGUCGACGGGUUCCGAAUGGACGUGAUCAAUUUCAUCUCCAAAGAACCGGGUCUACCAGACGCCGAAAAGACCCGUCCGGGAUUCCUCCAAGACGGCGUGGAGAACUAUGCAUGCGGCCCCCGCUUGCACGAGUACCUCCACGGCAUCGGCGACAUCUUACGCGAAUACGACGCCUUCAGCGUCGGCGAGAUGCCAGGAGUCUUCGACACCCGCGAGAUCAUCAAAGCCGUAGGUCAAGACCGAGGCGAACUAGCCAUGGCAUUCCAAUUCGAAAUUGUCGACCUCGACCACCAACCGGGCCAGAUCAAAUGGUACCCACGCGAAUUCCAACCGAAAGCGCUCAAACACAUCGUGGCCAAAUGGCAGUCGUUCAUGCUGCAGAACGGCGGCUGGAACGCAGUAUACAUGGAGAACCACGACCAAGGACGCUCCAUCUCGCGCUUCGCCGACGACUCGACCCCCAGCUACCGCGUCAAAUCCGCCAAACUGAUUGCCGCGCACCAAGCACUGCAGAGUGGAACCAUUUUCUUGUACCAGGGUCAAGAACUCGCGCAGAUCAAUGUCCCCAAGGAAUGGGGGCUCGACCAAUACCGCGACAUCGAGGUCCAGAACCACUGGCAGACCGUCCUGCGCGAUUUCCCCGACGACAAGGAGAAACAGGAAAUGUUUAAGCGCCAAUACCGUCUUAUUGGUCGUGACAACGCCCGUACCCCGAUGCAGUGGACGCCCGAUGAGAAGACGUAUGCUGGCUUUCUUGCACAUGAUGCUCCCCCCGGUGCGAAGCCGUGGAUGUCGAUUCAUCCGGAUUUCAAGGACUGGAAUGCCGUGAAAUUGCUCGAAGACCCGCAGAGUCCGUUGCACUAUUGGCGUCAAUUGCUGAGGCUGCGUAAGGAAUAUAAAGACAUUUUCGUCUAUGGCGACUUUGAGAUGUUGGAUCUCGACCAUGACACUGUCAUUGCUUAUUUGAGGACGGAUGACUCGACAAAAACAACAGUCGGCGGAGGAGAGGAGGUGGAAACCACAUCAGCAACAGCAGGACCAAAAGAUGUGGUCCGUCCAACUUGUCUCGUCAUCACAAACUUCUCCCGCUCCCCUGUCGACUGGGUCGUGCCUGACCGCGCCGUCCCCGUCCUUUUUGAUACGUCGUCUGAAACCCCACAACUGAAAAAAGGCGCCGUUUUGCCCCAAUUUAGAAAUUAUACUGCCCGAGAGGACGGUGCAGACAACGUCGAGAAUCAUGUCUCCAAGACUCCCGACGGCAAGUGGGUUCUGAACUUGAGGCCGUGGGAGGUCAUUGUUGCCAUGGCUGGAAUCUAG